GCGUACGCAAGUCCUAAGGAAGAUCAGAGUACAUUAACCGUAGGCAACAAAGCCUCCAUUCGUGUCAGUGAGGACUGUUUGAGGGUUUUGCAAAAGGACUUUGGGGGCACAACGUUGGGGAUGGUAUCGAGUAUCGGUCUGACGGGUGUGGUGACUUCCAUCACAGCAGCGGGCGCGGUUCACGUUCGUUUCUUAUCUCUGGCGUACCGCUUCAACCCUGACGCCCUCAUCAAGGUGUGCGAGCUGAGGGUGGGUCAGCGCGUUCGCAUAUCCACUGACGUGGACCUCGUGAAAGUGCUGAACACCAGAGUCGGGUGGGUGUCACCAAUGAACAAGAUCCUGGGGAGGGUGGGCAAAAUCGUCAAAAUUGAUAGCGAUGGUGAUGUCCGGGUAGACUUCGGAGAUUGCAGAUUCAACCUCUCACCUGGCUGCUGUACACCUGAGCCAGGAGACAGAGACGACUUUUGGAGAGACGAGGAAACACAGAACGAGCCUCAGGCAUCUUCACUCGACGAUUCUGAUGACGAUUCUUCAGAUCGAGGUCGCUUAAUCCGGAAGUUGGCCGCCGGGGGCAUCAGAGGACUCGGGGGUCUAGGGGGUCUCGGAGGUCUCGGAGGUCUCGGAGGGCUAGGUUUUCGCGAGCUGAGGAGUGUGCUCUCUGCCGCCCGCGACGACGAUGGCGACUCCGAUGUCGGACGCCUUUACUUGGCCAUCAACAACAGCGACAUCGACAGAGUUAGAAGUCUGUGUGCUGCCAAUCCUAGUUUGGUAAAUGCUAUACAUAAGGACCUGACUCCUCUUAUGCUGGCCUGUCUCCGCGGCAAACGUCACAUCGUCCGAGAGCUACUGAAGCUAGGCGCGGAUGUCAACGCUCAGGGAGUGAAACAGCAGACGGCUCUUGGAGUCGCGCUGGAGGCGAAGGAAGAGGAGAUAGCGCUGCUGCUGCUUGAGCAUGGAGCUGAUGCUGUCCAGAGAAACAGUAAGGACCGCACGCCCCUUCACAUGGCCGCCAGUUGUGGUAUGACCGAGGCCGCCCAGGUCCUCAUCUACAUGGGCGCCGACGUCAAUGCUCAGGACAAGUAUGGAGAUACACCUCUUCACGACGCAAUUUCGACUGGCCGGGACUUUCUGGCGGAGAUCCUUAUACAAAUGGACACUGUCAACACCACCAUCGUCAACAAGAACGGCUUCAACCCUCUACAGCUCGCCUGCUACAAAGGCAACGCAUGCUGCGUGAGCCAUCUGCUAACACGUGACCGUAGUGCGGUGGACAAACUGUUCCGCGGAGACCUCACUGCUCUUCAUAUGGCGGUCAUUGCCAACUGUACAGAGGCUGUAAGGCUGCUUGUCAGCAUGGGUGGUGCUAACAUCAACCUGGCUAGUGGAGACAAAGGGGUAUCUGCACUGCACCUUGCGGGCUUGCGUAAAUUUGUGCCCAUUGUAGAGCUUCUCUUGGAUCUCGGUGCUGAUGUGAAUAUUCAAGACCGAGAAGGAGACACUCCCCUCCACCAUACCAUGGGAGGUUCUAGCGGCCGACAUUUAACGAGCGAAGAACGGGAGAAGGACACUGCUGAGCGGAUUCGUGUUGCAAACAUUCUGAUUGCCCACGGCGCCUUCGUGGACGCCGAGAACCGGCAAGGGAAGACAGCGCUAGUGUACGGCCGUCCUGAGAUCCGCACAGGCGUGGAACUGUUCAUGAAAGCCAACCCCCAACUGGUUCGAGUCAAAAGCGCGAGACGACAAGAAGAAGAGAGCGGCCCAUUGAAGACAACGAUCCUGAUGUCAGCACUGAAGGGUUUGAGCCUGACCAACUGUCUGACAUGCGGUGCGCGUGCAGACGGGUCCGCAAUGCCGUGCGGCCAUACUACGCUGUGUGCAACCUGCAGCGCACGUGCCACGCGCUGUCCGCUGUGCCAACGCCAAGUGCUGGGAUGUCAGGUCGCCAAAGGUGACGUGUCUUCCACUGUUUCUACGCCUUCCGGUGGAAUAAAGCCAGGAGCAGACGAAUGUGGGUCGUCUACUUCCGAAAUGACUGCGCAUGCCGGUGUGACGUCAGUUCCGGCGAGUGUCUCGUCCGCUUCAGUCUCUUCUAACUUUCGGGCACUCAUACAACUGCAAGGAACUGAGACACGUGUUGCUAGUGACAGAGACUGCACCAAAGUGACGCAGUGCCAGCCGGCCGACAGUCGCUGGCUCGCUGAUGGCGCUUCUCUUGUUGGUGAAGGUGGCGAAGCUGGAGAAGCUGGAGCAAGGCUCCAGUGCGGUUGCAGCUGGUCUGGAAGUUAACGAGGAUGUUGAGGAUGAUCUGAAUGAAGAUGCGACUGC